CUUGUACCAUAUUCGUUGCCUUUGGGAUUUCCAUAAUCUCGUCACAGCAAAAAAGUCUCUGUAAUGCCACAUAGAGACCCCCAGGCAAAGGCCAGGGAUCGCCACCAUCACCAUCAUCACCACCACCACAAGCACUCGCCAUCCACCUCCCGAUCAGGACUUGACACUGGCAUCGGCGUCCUCACAGAGGAAAGCAUGCACGUCCAUGUCAAAGUUCACGAUGCUGAACAGUUCUGGAGAGAGAUCGAGCUGGUAGUGACCAUCCCGGAAUCGCCCACUUUAGAUCAGCUGGAUAAUACAAUGAGGAUGUUUGUCAACUUCUGUGCAGCAUAUCAUGACAAAUACCUUCCCAGCCAGAGUGAUAUCCAACAAGCGGUUACCAUGCUUCUCGAUUCCGAAUUAUUUUCUUAUUACGACGAGCGGAUGGUAGGAAUUAUGAUGUCUGAUGCUCAAGAGAAUACGAAUCCUCACGAUUUGUAUAUUUUGUACCAUAUAAUAUUAUAUUACGGGAAGCGGCACCCAAGCUUGUUUCGAUCUCACCGAAAGUGGAAGAAACUCCUGCCAACUUUGGGCGAAGUGGUUGGCCUUGACGUAGAAGAGACCUUUGUUCUUGGUCUCCCUCCUAUCGAAACCCGCAUUCGUCUCCCAGCCACUUGUCUCAUGUACGAAGUUGCCCGCGUUCAAAAGCUCACUUCAUCCGAGCUCGCUCAGUUUGAUGAUCGAUUCAUCGACCACCUAUUUGACUUGGUGGAGACUACAUGGGAUCAGCAGGACGAGAGAUUGAAUUAUGCGGUCAUCAGAUUGAUUGUCGCCUUGAACGAGCAGUUCAUGGUGGCUACUUUGCCAUCAAAGCAUCACACUCGUGUGCAUGCUCGUGUCGACAAAGUGGGUGAUCGAAAUCAUUUGGGAAUCUCGUCAAUACCCAGCUCGAGUGGUGACGGAGACGGUGGGCAUACAAGGCAUCACUACCGAGCAAAAUCUGGGAACACCACACAGUCUGAAGGUUACACCCAUGACCACCAGGAGGAGGCAAAGAAAAAUAAUAGGGUACUGGUUGUCUUGAUGAGGAGAUUGGGGAGCAGUAAGACGUUUGGCGAGAAUAUGAUCUUCAUGCUUAACCGUGCGGAAAACACACCAGAUGAUUUGUGCAUGCAACUGCUCAUCCUCAAGAUUUUGUACCUGCUGUUCACCACCCCAGGUACACAAGAGUAUUUUUUCACCAAUGAUCUAAGGGUGUUGCUGGAUGUAUUCAUUAGGGAGCUUGUGGAUCUUCCGGAGGAAUGUGAGGCUCUUCGCCACACCUAUCUGCGAGUUCUUUAUCCCCUUCUCAACCAUACUCAGCUCAGGUCCGACCCUUACAAGCGCCCUCAGAUUAAAUUGGUCUUGAGGUCCUUAAUUGCCAAUAGUCAUAUACGGGAGAUCGAUCCGACAACUGUGCGGUUGGUCGAGAGGUGUUUGGAAGAACCGAGAAAGCUGGAGAGGAGUCUAAGCGCUGAAAACGUGCAAAAAGCCCUUCACCACAACUCUGCAUCAACUAUCUCGCUCGGUGCCCUUUCCUCAACUCAACCGCCUUCUAAAUCGCAACUGGGAACGUCCAUCUAUACGUCUCGCGAUCCGGUCAGACAAUCCAGUCUGAACGAUGUGUCGAGUUCUUUGACAGAUGUCAAAUCCCGGCCUCAUUCUUCUGCUUCGGUUGCCUCGACUUGUUCAACAAACACCGAAACUGGAGCGAAGGCAACACCUCCGACGCCUACUAGACGACGCAAACCCCCAGCGCCGCCACGGCACGCUCAUCCUCGCGCUGGUGCAUGUGCAGGUGCGCGCAAGGACUCGACGGCCACAAAUAGCAGUUGGACAAGCUUCGAUUCUGAUGCCGAAGCGUCCAUGUCCGACUCUACCAGUACCGGUGCCAGCGUGCUCGGCUCCAGCUUUGGUGCUGGAGGAAGGGUCAUGAGCCCAACAAGUCCAAUAAAUGGAACGGAUGAUCUAGUGAGAGAGGGUGGAAAGGGGGUGCCCCCGCCAAUAAUUGAAGUACACCCGGUAGGCAGAGAGCAGCCAAUGGGAUGGAUCACGUUUUCGACGUGAGAGGCAGAAAAUGGACAAUUGAGAGUGAAAAGCCUAAUUUUAGCGCGCUGCGAGCCUGUAUAGCGCACGCAGGUGGGAAUCUCGAUUAUUGGAGGUUAGAUCACAGGCAGCUAUCAGGUCGAGGUAGAAAAGAAGCGAGGGAGGGAUGGCGUUGUCUGCCGCAUUAUUUACAGUUGUCAACUAUAAUCAACCGCAUCCACCAUACACAGUCCAUAGCCCCACAGUCACGGCACACUUACACAUCGCACUUUAUGCCUUAUCGAUCAAGCAGGACAAGGCACAAAGCAUAGCCCAUUAUUUUAGCACGAGAAGAGAAGAGGCGAGACAAACAUACGACAGGCGGAUCUAGCAUCUACACCGCAUCUUCCAGUAGCACGGGCUGUGUAUUGGUACAUGCAGUACAAAUACAUGCCAUCCAGGGGCACAAACGCGACAACAAGUUGUUCUAGUUCCUAGCAGUUGUUUAUAGUACAGAUAUUCGUUCUCUCCAGAGAUCGAGGUUGUUCUACAGUGUACAUGGGUGG